AUGCGUUUUCCAUUUGCUCCUCUUUUAGCAUUAACAGCUGCCACAGCUGUUGCAGCUCACCGAAGGCUCCUCACCAUCCCUGGGCAGGUUGAUGGAUCGUAUAUCGACUCAACCUCACUUGAUAGCUCUGCCCUCAGACCUCGCGCCGAUAGUGACCCCAAGAUUAUCGCGGCCGAACAUCUCAAGAGCAUAGUCCCCAAUGUUGAGUUCCGUGAGAACGGCGAUGAUUAUACGGAUGUCGAUUCUGGUAUCACACAUGUGUAUUUUACCCAGACACUCAACGGACUUGAUAUUGAGAAUGCGCAGGCAAAUGUUAAUAUUAAGCGUGAUGGGUCGAUUCUCUCCGUGGGGUUGAGCUUUGUGACUGAGGGGUUGAAUGUACCCGCGCCUGUCAGGAGACAAACGUUACUAUCACCGCUGGAGGCUUUGAAGGGAAUUGUCGAGAAAAUGGAUCUGCCACUAAAUGUCGACGCUGCAGAGGCAGUUCCGGAGUCUUCGUUGGUAGGAGGUGGACAGUCAUUUACUAUUAUGGGGUCUGAGGGCGCAGUUUCGGAACCAAGGGCAGAUCUCGCGUACUAUCAGACCCCUGAAGGCAUUAAGCUUGUCUGGAGGGUCGAGACUGACCUCAAUGAGAACUGGCUCAUCACCUAUGCCAAUGCUCAAGAAAAGGGCUCUAUCAUCGCAGUUGCCGAUUAUGUUGCCGAUGCUUCCUAUAAUGUUUACCCAAUCGGUGUAAAUGAUCCCACCGAUGGCGCCCGAACCGUUGUGACCAAUCCCGCCAGUACUUUUGCCUCCCCCAAUGGCUGGCACACCGCCGGAAGCACAUCCUACAGUACAACUCGGGGUAACAAUGGUAUUGCUCAGGAGAACUGGGAUGCCGGUUCUGAUUACUUAAACAAUCAACGUCCGAGCUCCUCUGGAAAUAGUCUAAAUUUUAACUUCGCAUACAGCCCAUCAGAUGAUUCACCCAAAGACUAUAUCGAUGCUGCUGUUACGCAGUUGUUCUAUACGGCCAAUGCAUACCACGACCUCUUGGAAGUCCUUGGGUUCACAGAGGUGGCUGGAAACUUUGAGGACGUAAAUACUGGUGCUGGUGGCCGUGGUAACGAUGCUGUGCAACUCAACGCACAAGACGGUUCUGGUUUUAAUAAUGCCAACAUGGCCACACCUGCUGAUGGAUCAAGGCCAAGGAUGAGGAUGUAUUUAUGGAAUGUGGUUCCCGGUGUUCAGCGCGACGGAGAUUUUGAUAAUGGUGUUAUUAUUCACGAGUACACCCACGGGCUCAGUAAUAGGUUAACUGGUGGUCCUUCAAGGUCUACUUGCUUGAGUACUACUGAAUCCGGUGGUAUGGGCGAGGGAUGGGGCGAUUUCUAUGCCACUGCAAUCAGGAUCAAGCCGAACGAUACCCGUACAAAAGAUUAUGCCAUGGGUGAUUGGGUUAACGGGGCUGGAAUCCGAAGGUACCCAUACUCCACCAGCAUGACCAUCAAUCCCACAACUUAUGCCACCAUCAAUCUUUCAAAUUGGAACACUCUGGUUCAUGCAAUCGGUUCUGUCUGGGCCAAUAUCUUGUACGAAGCCAUGUGGAAUCUCGAAGACAAAUGGGGUUACCAGAAAGAAGUGAUGCCAACCUUCCGUGCUGGCACUAGCAUUCCGACUACUGGCCGCCAUCUGAUGAUGAAACUAGUUCUCGAGGGAAUGAAGCUGCAGCCUUGUUCGCCAACAUUCUUGACGGCGAGGGAUUCAAUUCUAGACGCAGACCAAGCUCUUACCGGGGGUGAGAACUUGUGUGAAUUGUGGAGUGCGUUUGCUAAACGUGGGCUUGGGGCAUCUGCUAAACAAGGGACUGGGUUGAAUGCUAGAGUAGAAAGCUUUGAUAUGCCAACUGACAUUUCGUGUUAA